CUCCGCGCCCGCCCCUGCCGGCCCUGACCAGCCUGUAGUAACUGGCCCCUAGGCCGCAGUUCUUUGUCCUUAGCAGGAGGCCGUUUCUUGCCCGGAGAGAGGGAUUGGAGGGAUUGUCCGGCGUGGGUCUAGGGUCGUUGAGGCCUAAAGUUAAGCCUUUGUCGGGAGGACGGAUUGGGGGCUGGGUCACUUUAAGAAAAAGAUUUUAAAAUUCCGAAGGCAGAAUUCCAGGGAGUCUCCCGGGCCUGGUCCUGAAGCUUGAGACCACGGAUAUAUACGCUCCAGGGGGCUGCGGUGGGCUCUUCGGAUCCCCGAGCCCUGUGUUUAGGAACACGCGGGGACGUCCAAACACCCCCUCCUCUCCCGCUGGGCGGGCUCCUUUGUCUUCUGGUCUUUCGUCGCGAGAUGGAACGCUGGGUCAGUGCAUCCCAGCAAAACACGUUAGGAGUAAACGAAGGCCUUUCCGGGGACCUGGGUAGUCGGUUGUAAUGGCGUUUGCCUGGGAUGCAGCACCUUUGGUGGGCCAUUAGAUGACGUGUCGCUUCUCCAGGGGCUUGCUAGGCACUAGCAGAAAUGCCCCCCUGUGCUUACUCGGUGUUAUGGAAGAUUGCUUGCACAAUGCUAUUCGUACGAAAGGAUAUUAUUAAAAGUGAUUUAUGGGCGGGCGCGGUGGCUCACGCCUGUAAUCCCAGCACUUUAGGAGGCCGAGGCGGGCGGAUCGCCUGAAGUAAGCAGUUCGAGACCAGCCUGGCCAACAUGGUGAAACCCUGUCUCUACUAAAAAUACAAAAAUUAGCCGGGCGUGGUGGCAUGCGCCCGUAAUCCCAGCUACUCGGGAGGCUAAAGCAGGAGAAUCGCUUGAACCCGGGAGGCAGAUGUUGCAGUGAGCCGAGAUCGCGCCGUUGCACUCCAGCCUGGGCGACAGAGUCAGACUCCGUCUCAAAAAAAAAAAAAAAAAAAGCGAUUUGUUGUUUUGUUAGCAUGUGAGCCCUGGAUGCUUGAAACAAGUGAAAGAUGUUCAGAAUCUAAUCAAAUUAUAUCAUCUGAUGCUUUAAUUAGAGCCUAUUCUCUCUUCCUCUCCGUCUAUAUAUGUAUGUAUAUAGGUUACUAUCCAUCACUGUUUUAAUGGAUAUCUUAUUGGAAGGGCUACAGUAUUUCAAAAUAUAUGAACUCCGCAUAACACCUAUGGCAAAACAUUUCAGCAGUCAGAGCUUUGUCAAGCAAGUUGGAGAUGGAGGGAGAUUAGUUCCUGUUCCAAGCCUCAGUGAAGCUGACAAAUAUCAACCUCUAAGUCUCGUGGUAAAAAAGAAGCGAUGCUUUCUGUUUCCUAGAUGUAAAUUUACUUCAACACCUUUUACACUGAAAGAUAUUCUCCUAGGAGACAGAGAAAUUUCAGCUGGUAUUUCAUCUUAUCAAUUACUGAAUUAUGAAGAUGAAUCAGAUGUUUCACUCUAUGGAAGGCGAGGUAACCAUAUUGUAAAUGACGUUGGGAUUAACGUUGCUGGAUCAGAUUCCAUUGCAGUGAAAGCUUCAUUUGGUAUAGUAACCAAACAUGAAGUGGAAGUAUCAACAUUACUCAAAGAAAUUACUACACGAAAAAUUAACUUUGACCACAGCUUGAUACGUCAGUCAAGGAGCAGCAGAAAGGCAGUAUUGUGUGUGGUCAUGGAGAGCAUCCGAACCACACGACAGUGCUCACUGUCUGUGCAUGCUGGAAUUCGAGGGGAAGCAAUGAGGUUUCACUUUAUGGAUGAACAGAAUCCCAAGGGAAGGGACAAAGCUAUUGUUUUCCCAGCACAUACAACCAUAGCUUUCAGUGUUUUUGAACUCUUCAUAUACCUGGAUGGUGCCUUUGACCUUUGUGUCACUUCAGUGUCAAAAGGAGGAUUUGAAAGGGAAGAAACGGCAACAUUUGCACUGCUGUACAGGUUGAGAAAUAUCCUAUUUGAAAGAAAUAGAAGAGUGAUGGAUGUCAUUUCUCAUUCACAGCUUUACUUGGAUGAUCUUUUUUCUGACUACUAUGACAAACCUCUCAGCAUGACUGAUAUUUCACUCAAAGAAGGGACCCAUAUCCGAGUUAACUUACUUAAUCACAACAUUCCCAAAGGGCCUUGCAUACUCUGUGGAAUGGGGAACUUCAAAAGGGAGACAGUUUAUGGGUGCUUUCAGUGUUCUGUUGAUGGUCAGAAGUAUGUGAGACUUCAUGCAGUUCCUUGUUUUGAUAUUUGGCACAAGAGGAUGAAAUAAAAUGAAAAAUGAAUACACCGUGUUGGUGUUUUAGGUGCAGUUGUGCCACAAACCUUCCCUAAAUUAUCUAGGUUUGCUUUGAUGAGUUAAAUUAAAAUGAGAAAAGCAAAAAGAAAUGAACCUGUCUGGGUAUCAUAUUCCCUAUCUAUAAAGUAGCAAUUAUAACAGUAGUGUCUAUUUCUUAAGUUGUCAUGAAAAUUAAUAACAUUGUUUAUAUCAAAAAAGAUUUACAUAUAAAAUUCAGAGAUUAUGAAUCAUGCCAGUAACUUUAGAAUCAUUUUUGGGAUGUAGUCUAUCAUUUUAGUUCCCUUUUUUUUUUUUUUGAGACAGAGCCUUGCUCCGUCACCCGGGCUGGAGUACAGUGGCAUGAUCUCAGCUCACUGCAACCUCUGCCUCCUGGGUUCAAGCAAUUCUCUGCCUCAGCCUCCCGAGUAGCUGGGAUUACUGGCGCCCGCCACCACGCCUGGCUAAUUUUUUGUAUUUUUAGUAGAGACAGAGUUUUACCAUCUUGGCCAGGCUGGUCUUGAACUCCUGACCUUGUGAUCCACUUUCCUCGGCCUCCCAAAGUGCUGGGAUUACAGGCAUGGGCCACCGUGCCUGGCCUAGAUAACUUUUUAUAUAAUUAAGAGAUUUUUGUAAAUACCAAUUUUAUUUUCAAUCAACUUUCAGUUCAAUAUGUAAGGAUGACAAGACUGCACAAGUAGCAACUUUAUGGUGUUUCAACUAUUGCCUUUGGUCUGGUAAAAUGAGAAAAAUGUGUUAAUAAUUUAAUGCAAUCUUAAAUGUUUAAUUGCCGUAUCAAAUUAAAAGCACACUGAACUCAA